AACUGCCGGAGCAUUGUAGUUAUUAGUGGAGCAGGUAUAUCAACAAAAGCGGGCAUUGCCGAUUUUCGCAGCUCCAGCCGAACAAAAGGCUCCAGCCGUCAGGUCUUUCAUAUAUCGGCCUACUCUUCAGAAGAGUCUACCGCUCGCUUGCACAACACGAUGUACCAGAUGUUUACAGCCGCCGAGCGUUCACAGCCUACCGCAUUCCAUUAUUAUAUGAGCGGCCUUGCUGUCUCUGGCAAACUCCGUAGACACUAUACCCAGAACAUUGACUGCCUGGAGACUCAACCGCCUUUACUAUCUCAGAAGACGAAAUGGCCUCAUGGCCGACUUGACAGGAUGAUUUGUCAGCGAUGCCAACUAGUCGUGCCAACUAGUCCAGAUUCCUUUCAGCAGCAGGCGCUAUCUUCUUGUGUCAAAUGCGAAGCAGCUGACCAGGAACGGCUGCAAGCUGGUAAACGAUCCCAUGGAGUUGGCCUUCUUCUUCCUAAGGUGCUUCUUUAUGGAGGAGAUAGCCCUGAUGAAUCGGAUAUUGCAGAUUCAUUUGAGAAAGAUUUAAACGAUCCGGUCGAUGCUGUUAUUAUUGUGGGAACGAGGUUGCAAAUCCCAUCUUUAAGGCGGCUCGCUUAUAGACUUUGCGAAGCGGUGAAGUCUAGGGGAGGUAUUACUUUGUGGGUCAGCGACGAGCCC